AUGGGUCGCCCACCAGCAACCCAGGUCUUUCCGUAUGGUAACACUGGCAUCAUCGAAUUUGAAGAACGACAAGUAGAUGGUAUUGAAUCAACCCUUGAGGAGAGAGAGAGGAGAAUAUCAGAAGGGGAGGAGCCGUGUACCGACAUUUGGCUCUCAAAAUCAUUGCGCUCGCCAAUGUCCAAGUCAUUCGGGUCGAAAGGCCGCCAUGAGGUACUCGAUGUGCUUUUCGACCGACAGAGGUUCUUCAACUUUCAUCAUCACUUCAUGAUUGGGCCGAGUUUCUCCGACCAGUUCCGACUCGCAAUCUUGAUGACUCUUCACGAUUCACAAGAGGAAGUAUUGGGCAUACAUCAAAUCUUACUGGAGCUAUUGAGUUUGAAUGAGAACCCCAAUGCCAGCUCUACCUCCUUUGGGUUCACAGAAGCUGCUCGAAGCCUGCAGUGUCUGCAGAGCGUCAAAAUAGGACACUUGAAUGACGCUGCAGCCAUGCUUUUACUAGGACAGAUAUUGUUUGUUUAUCACCUCAUGGUCAUGGGCACAUCCGCACACACCAUAGCGCAGAAUUGCCUGUUAUCAGUAAGGGGCUGGUACCCAAUGCUCAUCGCUCAACCUUGCCUCCAACCCAUAUUCAUGGCGCCAAUCUUAAUUGAUACGGUUGACUCUCUGGUACGGCGGCGAGUUCCUAUCAUUGAAAUCCCGCUUGCAUUCUGCGACAAAGAGGACAGGACCAUGGGCCUUUCAAACACAGUCCGCAUGAAAGCCAAUAUUCUAGAGAAUAAGAAUGACGACUACUCCGAAAUCGAGCAGCAGAUGCGGAAGUGGGAACCGUCGUGUCCUACUGCCCUAUUUUCAAAAUAUUCUCACAUUGAAGUGUCGGUAAUGAUGAUGCAAGCCCGGGUCUACCGCAUUGCUGGGCUACUCCUCAUCCAUAGACUUCGAUACCCACUGGGAGUUGAAGACGAGGAAGGAUCAAGGCUGGCGAUGAUAAUCGUUGCAGAGCUGUCGUGCUUCGUGCAGUGGGCCCCUCAGGAAGUGAAAGAUAUGGCCGUAUAUUUGCCUCUUUUCUUGGCAAUGAUCGAAGUCCAACAACCGGCGGACCAGAUCUUGUCCCAUUUAGCACCCCAGUCAUUCUUUGGGAAGUGUGUGGAUGGACUCAGAGGCUUCGUUAAGCUUACGCAAGAUGCUAGAAGACUUGGAUUUCGGGGGUUAUGGUUUGAUCUGGUCGACGAGAGCCUAUCAACUGGGAUCAUCCCGUAG